GUCAAAUGCGUGUCAAAGAAAUUAUGUGUCAACCAUGUUUAAGUAAGGAUAAGAAAACUGUGGCUGAAAAGUUUUGUUUAACGUGUAAUGAAUUCCAGUGCAUUGAUUGCUCAGAUGUGCAUAACGUGCUUGCAGUCUUUAAAAGUCAUAAAUUGUUAAACGUAAAGGAAGCUAAUGCAACAAGAUGUGAUAAACACCAAAAGGUUUUAGAUUUAUUCUGUGAAGAUGAGAACAAGCUUUGUUGCAGUACUUGCGCCAUUGUUGAUCAUCGUAAAUGUCACAGUGUUGUUGAGGUUGAGGAAAUUGCCGGGAAAAUGACGUCACCAAGUUCUAAUUUAGAAGAGAUAUUGCAGGAAGCCAAAAACAAUGCAGAAGAUAUUGCAAGAUAUAUUAUCACUUCAAAAUAUCAACUUGUUCAAGACGUAAAAGAAGUACGAGUAAAGGUUAGGAGAAUGCGGGAUAAGGUAAUGAGAAUGUUUAACGAUUUGGAAGUUUCCAUUGUUAAAAGAGCCAAAUCUCUUCAGGAAGAAACAUUAGGUUACCUUGACAAGAAGCAAUCGCAAAUCGAAAAACAUUUGGCUAAUGUUGCAGCGUAUCUAGAAACGGUUAAUGGCAUUUACAAAAAUGGAACCCAAACGCAAAAAUUUAUAGCAGAACAGAAGAUGUAUAAUGAAGUCAAUUUUGUAUGCAGAAAUGUCAAUGAGGAAUGUCAGAACUUCCAGACGAUAACCAUUUCUUUUGAUUUUGACGAACAAUUAACUCUGCCACCACGAUCAAUUACUGACUUUGUUCCUGGACAGCUGACAUUAAAAUACCAAGAACGGGAAAGUGUUAAUGCUGUAAAUAAGGUGAUGACAUUAACACAAGUUUCUUCCAUUCAGUUAAAGAAGACGGGAGAUGACAGCAGGGAAACAUUCAUUACAGGAAUUGACUUUCUACCCGAUGGUAAGCUAGUUGCUGUGGAUCAUUACAAUAAGAAGAUCUUAGUUUAUAAUGAGGAACUUGAAAAAGUAGGAUCAUAUCAGUUAUCUUAUACACCACAAUCUGUUGUUACUGUAUCUGAGGAUGAAGUAGCGAUAACAAGUGGAAAGGAAUAUAUAAAAGAUAUUCUACGUGUAAGUAAAGCUAAUGAAAUAAGUUCAGUUAGAAAAUGUAAAGUAACAACGAAAUAUGAUUGUAUAUGUUUAAAAGAUGAUAACCAAUUUGUCGUAGGGACUAUUGAUUAUCAAAUACCUGUUGAAAUAAUACCACUGACAGGAGAGUCAUAUAAUUUUAGUAUGAACUUUCCGAACAAGGCAUAUCCUGUUAACGCAAGCGCUUGUACUUACAUAAGGAGCAGUGAUAAAGUGGUGCUUACAGAUAGAUCCGAGCAUACUGUCUACAUAUAUGAUGUCAAGACAGGCACGAGAGUAGUUGUGAAGGAUGAUCUGAUAAUGGAACCACGUGGUGUAGCAAUUGGUCCCUCUGAUACUAUCCUGGUUUGUUGUAAGGGAACAGACUCCAUUGUAGAAUUAUCACAAACAGGGCAGAUCUUGUCAUCACACAAGAUAGAUAUGAAAUAUCCGUACAGAGCAUGUGUUGCACGUGAUAAAUCAUUUCUUGUUGUUAUAAAUUCCUGUUUAGGAAACAUGAAAAUGCAGAAAUUUAAAAUAUCAUUAUAAUUACACAAUCUUAUGUAUCGCAUACUACGUACAUGAUUCACACUAUAAGGUGUGAAUGAUCGAUAGUUUCAAAGUUGAACAAUGCGGUGCAUACAUGUAUAUAUAGUCAUUCAAUGUAAGUCUUUCAUAUGACUUUCAUAACUACACCAACAUUCAUAACCAAUGUGUUGAGAACAUACACAAUCAAGAACAAUCAUGUUCAUUUUAUACAUAUCGAGAACAUGUAAUGAGUGAAGACAAUUCAAUAUUGACAAUUUCAUUAAUUUAUUUUAAAUUGGAUACAUCGUAAUUAAUAUUGAAAAUUAAACCAUUUCAUUGGCUUCAAUUAAACUUUUAUAUAGUACUGCAAAUACGUUAAUUAAAGCAUGUUCUGUGUCAACGUUAUUUCAUUUAAUUUCAUUUUUUCGGAUACUUGUGUAAUUGUGUGUUCAUCUGUAAAUCAAUCGAUCAAUGUCGAUCAAUGUCCUUUCUAUUAGUUUCAAAUGCUUUCGUUCCAUAUGAAAUUGUUGUUUUCUAAUUGCUUAUAAACUUAUGGUCUAAUAUUUUUCAUACGUCA